AUGGCUGGUACUUGUAUUAAUGUUAUAAAAUUAAUUGGUCUUGGUAGUUUAGGUUUAUUAACAACUCAAUUAAAUUAUGAAUUUUUUAAUAUUAUACCUAAUGUAAUUAAUAAUAUAACUAAUAAUAUAUCAACAACAACUACUACUACUACUAAUAAUAAUUAUAAUUCAAAUUCAUCAACUAAUAAAUCAUUAUUUACAAUUAAAAAUCAAAUUAUUAAUUCAAGAAUUGUACAAGGUAUUUUAAAUUUAAUAUCAACAGCUAGUUUUAUUACUGCUUAUAAUUAUAGUUCAGUUACUGAAAAACAUCCUUAUUUAAUAUAUGCUUCAAUUCCAGCUAGUUUAAUUUAUUUAAUUUAUCAUAAUUAUCAAAUUGAAGAAAAAUUAUUACAAAAAUCUGCAAAAUCAAAUACCACAACAAAUACUACAAAUGAUAUAAAACCAAUUAAAUCAAAAACUCAAAAAUUGAGUGAUUCAGUUGAUGAUUUUGUUCAUCUUUCUGAAUCUGGUGAUACUACUCCAGAAUUGACUAAUUCUGAAUCUGAAGAUCAACCAACAACUACAAAUAAAACAAAAGAAGAAUUGGAAAUUGAUCAAGAAAUUGAAAAUACUUUAUUACAAAAAGAAAUUAAUAUCGAUUUAAAGAAAAUUGAAAAUGGUUAUAAAGUUGGUAGUAUUAUAAGUGGUGCUAGCUUUUUAAUUGCUACAAUUGGUUUAAUUGGGGAUUUCUAUUUAUUAUAA